AUGACGUCAUGCUGCCACAGAUUGUCGGACCAAGCGAGGCGACAGCUGGAGAGGGGCAGCAAGUUCGAGAACCUGAGUCUGGGAGAGCAGCGACCGACGCAGCUGAUACGUCAGUACGGUAACCUGUACAUGCAGGUGCGCGUUGAGGCCCUGGACGCUCUCGACAACCUGCGGGAGAUGGACGACUCCGACGACCUCAAAUCAAAACUCGCCUUCUCCGUCGUAGUGCUAUCCUUCCGGUCAGUGCGAUCAACGAUCGAGCAGAAGAAGGCGGCGUUACGUCACAUCCUGGGCAUCCCGUCGAUCGGUAGCGGCGGUUCGUCCGACCCGGCCGUCACGGACAUGCUGGAGAGCAUUGGCUACUACAUGCGCAAGAGCACGGAGAAAUACGACAUCAGACCUAACGUACAGGACGUGUGCUCGCAGCUCUACAGCACGUUGUUCGACUUUCCAAGUCUUUCCACCUGCCACGGCCUCACUGCCUACAUAGAGGAGUGUGUGAAGCUGGCCUGGGCGCUCUCUAACCAGAUACCCGCCUACUGCAUAGAAUACGACGCCAACGCGUACAACGCUAACUUCCACGAGAGAUUUCACAAUUCUAAUCCGUACUCGGAUCACGUCAUCUCGUACCUGUGGCCAGCCCUACGUGAGGGAGAGAAGGGACCGUGCGUUUACAAAGCCAUUGUUAUAACAUAGUCCUGCCCAACGCCGCCUCAGGACUCCAGGAUUUCCUAACUUAAGAUUAUGUUUAAUAUGGAUUGAAGUCAUGCUUGAGUGCGUUACGUGCUGUCGACGCGUCGCAUGAUAAUUCAUGAUGGAACAUGAAUAAAACGCUCAAGAUUGGCUCCUGGAAUGAGUAAUUUUUAUUUAGCAAACUGUAAUCGCUGUUAACAUCUAUGGUUUUGAUCGACUGAUCAGUAGCUGACACUAUUUGUAAUGCAGUAGCGCAUCAGUACAAUCAUGACUGUAGCUCUGCAGCGAUGCGCGUUAUUUAAAUGUUUGUAAUUAAAUAAUAUGCAUAUUUAGUCUAUUUGAUUCUAUAUUGUCUUUUCAUAAAAGUGCAACCGUGAUAACUUAUUGAUUUGUUCAUCAAAUGCGAAACGGUACUCCACCAACUUAGCAUAUACUCUGUUCUAUCGCUGUGUGCAGUACUAACAUAAGGGUUUAUGUGCUAACGAAUAACGAUAUUUUAUGUGUGUACCCGUACUACGUUGUAUAUACUCAAGAUGCAAAAGUAAGCGGAGCAGUCUGCCAUGGGUCAUGGGUCAUGGGCCAUGGGCCAUGCUGAGCGAGGAUUGCUCAUCGAAGAUUUGCCAAUAUCAGUUAUCAGCACUUGCAGCAUUCAGACUUUGCAGUAUUGAAAAGUCAGGUGUAUUUAUCUCAAUAUAGAAAUUUGUAUUACAUAAAUUACUCAUUCAGGUUUAAACGCAGGAUACGGUUAUUGGGGUAAUUUCAAUUAAUUGUUACGUUCCUUGGAGUUAGUAUUCCUCACCACACUCUCUUCUGAUUAUGCUACUCCUAAUGUAUAUUACUUUAUGAUUACUUAAUAGGAUCCAGUAAUACAGCUAUAUAUGAUCUUUCAAAGUUUGAAAUAUAUAAAUUCGCCGCCAAAUGAGGUAGUUUAUAACCAAGUCUCAUGUUAUUAUUAUUAUAUUGGUGUAUAAACUAUUCUGAGUGGCUGCCAUUGGUUUAUUACUUUGUACAGUUACUUCCAACGAUGUGUGGCGAUUUUUAUACAAUGGAAAAUUAUCCUAUUCAAAUAAAUAUCCUCAAUAAUGACAAAAA